CGCCGGGGUUCGCAGCCCAAGCUUUGUCCAGAACCUGAUUUGGCCCAAGCCCAGUCCGUCCUUGUUUCCAGUGACUUGCUUCGUGACAAGCUCUUUCGAUCCUCUUCAUUGAUUGCUCUCUCAACAUCAGACAUACAAUCAACACCUUGUGUACAACUUCUGAUCAUCCGAAUUCAUCAAAGCCCCUCGCACCUCGCAACCGGACCGUUUCAACUUCUUCUGCACCGUACGCAAAGUGCUUAAUUAAGCGACACGAAGCAGCAUGGCACAUGUUGACAAGUUUGACCGCUUGCUGAACUUUCGUGAUGUCGGUGCAUUUGUCAACGAGCUGACUGGCUCAAAGAAGCUGAAGUCCGGAUUGCUGUUUCGAAGUGCUAGACCUGAUGAAGCCUCAACCGAAGACCGCAGACGACUGAAGGAUGACUACAAGAUACACACCAUCAUCGACCUACGCACAAAGUCCGAACACAUUGUUCAAGCUCAGAAACGAUCCGUCCCUCUAGCUUCAGCCGAACCUGUUGCUCCGUCCAACAAUCAGGCCGCCGAACCCGUCAAGAUUCCAGGGCUGAACUAUUCUGAAAUCAACUUCAACGGCUCUUCGUACUCGUUUGCGCUCAUCCGUCAAUUGCGAUACUGGUCUGCCGCCAAGCUCAUCGCUCUUAUGGCUGCAGGAUACCGUACUCAAGCCAUCAGCAUCCUAGGCACAGAAGUAAUGUCCGAGCGAGGACUUGUUGGUCUAGCUUUCGACUCGCUCGCUCAUUGUACCUCUGAAGUCCUCGCAGUGUUUCGCGUUCUGACAGACAAGAAGAACUAUCCUGUCGUGGUUCAUUGUACACAAGGCAAGGAUCGCACUGGCCUAACUAUCCUGCUUGUUCUCUUGCUGCUGCAUGUCGAGACAGAAGCCAUCAACUCCGAUUACAUGCGAACACAAAAAGAGCUUGUCUCUGAACGCGAGGCCAGAAUUGUCGAGAUCAGAAGCAUCGGUAUGCCUGACUCUUUUGCGGACUGUGAUCCUCAAUGGGUAGAAAGCGUGUCGGCUCACAUCGGUGAGAAGUAUGGUUCUAUCGAGGACUAUCUGCUUCGUUGUGGUGUUACCAAGGACAUGCAGCAGACCGUCAGACAGAUCUUGUUGAAAUGAUCUAUUACUGCACGUUAGCUUAAUUACCGCAAAGCUUUCCAUGGCUUACUCCUGAUAUCCAACUCAUCGCUGUUGUUACGAAGCUCAUUCAAAAAAUCGUUCAAUCUUAUUUGGUAUUAGG